AUGACUCGCUGGCUUGGCAAGCUCGCUAGCAGACGGUGCAGCUCAUUUCCAUGUGGAGGAGUUGAAGAUCGCCAAAACGCUGCGAUGCCACCAUUGCGCCCAUUGACUUCCGCUCUACAUGCCAUCAGACGCAGUCAGCUGAUCUCGGCUCGAAUAAGGCAACAUGGACGCAUACAUAUCCGGAGUUGCUCUUGCUCCGCAUCUCAGCAACAACAACAAUCGCAGCAAUCGCAAGCAUCAGUCGGAGAUGCUAAGAAUGCUUCGUUGAACCCUCCCAAACCUUCUACAGACCACCGCACCCUGGCCGAAACACACGAUCUUUUUAUAACAUCGCCAUAUAGUCCUGGCUCUCCCUUGCUCCUCCCCAAUGGCGCAUAUGUCUUCCAGAAACUGCAAGCGUUCCUGCGUGCGCAAUAUCCACAAUUCGGCUUCGAAGAGGUCAUCACCCCCAUCAUAUACAAAAAGUCAUUGUGGGAGAAGUCAGGUCACUGGCAAAAUUAUGCAGAAGACAUGUUUAGCGUACAAGGACGGGGCGCGACGGCAGAGAUACCACAAGCAGAAGCAGAGGACAAUGGAGAGUUUGGGCUGAAACCUAUGAAUUGCCCAGGGCAUUGCAUAUUAUUCCGGGACAAGGUCAUGAGCUACAGGAACUUACCCGUACGAUACGCCGACUUCAGCGCGCUGCAUCGAAACGAGAUAUCGGGGGCACUCACUGGGCUGACCAGAGUUCGAAGGUUCCAUCAGGAUGAUGCUCACAUCUUCUGUCGACCGGAUCAAAUACUGGCUGAAAUCGAACAAACUCUCAAGUUUGUAGGUAUGGUAUACAACACCUUUGGUUUGGGUCCUUAUAAACUGCUUCUUUCUACCCGCCCAAAAGAAAACUUCAUUGGUACUAUCGAGGAGUGGGACCGUGCCGAGGCACAACUCAGUACUGCCUUGGACAAUAUCGGUAGCGAAUGGGCUGUCAACGAGGGAGAUGGCGCAUUUUACGGCCCAAAGAUUGAUAUCAUUCUGAAGGAUUCCAACGGGAAAGAGCAUCAGACAGCGACAAUACAACUAGACUUCCAACUCCCGCAGCGCUUCGACCUACAGUAUCAGGCAUCACCCGAGGAAAUAGAGGCUGGCUCAGAGAUGUCAAUGGAUGCAGGCCUGGACACUUCUCUACGCCGUCCGGUCAUGAUACAUCGUGCCAUUUAUGGCUCUAUCGAACGUUUCAUGGCGCUGUUGAUUGAGCACUAUGCUGGCAAAUAUCCCUUUUGGCUCUCGCCCAGGCCCGCCAUAAUCCUUUCAUUGAAUUCUGAUCCCAAGCUCCUCCAACACGUGUCUCAUAUACAAGCCGUGCUCUCUGGCGUCAAAGCAAGCAAAGAGCCUGUUGUUUCACCGCCAUCUGAUCCAAAGCCGCUACCACUUUCAACUAUACAGCUUCCUAUUGACAUUGAUACAAGCAGUCGGCCCCUUGGUAAGAAGAUCGCAGAAGCUCGGACCAACAAGUACAAUCACAUCAUCGUGGUUGGUGGACGCGAGAUCGAAGCUGGCGUCAUGAACUUGCAGGUGGUCAGUCAACCCAAUGAGACUGCCACCUUUGCGAUGUUAGAGAAGGUGCUCGGCAAUGAGAUUCCUAAUAAGGUCAAAGCGAAGACGGAAGUGAAGAUCAGCUUAGAAGCGGCCAGGAUAUAUUUCACUGGCUUGGCCACACCCACUUACUUCGACCACUUACUUCGACCACUUACUUCGACCACUUACUUCGACUACGACAGCUUCUCCAAUUGCACAAAAACCAGCACUCUCCUCCGCGUUCUUCAAUAUGUCAUCCGCAAGCGACGAGAUAUACAAAUCCAUACUUCCACCUAUCAAGUGCUCUCAUCCACCUCCAAGACCACCCAGUCCUUUCAUGUUUACCGUGGACUACUCUGCUUCCAUGCACACUACUUUCACGCUUUGCUCGACGGCGGCUUCAAAGAGGCUGGAUCCAUGGUUGUCACACUGAAGCAUAUUCCUAUCGAGGUCUUUGAGUUAUUCUUCUACUGGAUAAACACUGACAAUUUGCCGCGUAUGACUCCGAGAUCAGUUGAGACAUGCGUAGCAUUGCUCAAGGCCUACUUCUUCGCCGACUACUUCCUCGCUACUGGAUUCAAAAACGCCUUGUUGGAUCACUUCCUCCUCAACUUUUAUGCAAUCUCUGUCAUCGCAUCAAAUACUGAGCUGAUCUACGAGAACACGGGCGAGACAGACUCCUUGCGGCGCUUUACCAAAGAUAUCGGUCUCAACUUCACUUGUUCGAUUUUCAAGGAACAUGUGUUUGGACCGCAAGACACCUUCCACAAGCAGUUCAUGCUGGACAUCCUCCGAUCGCUACACAAAAAGCCGGACCUUUCGCCAAUGUCGUCUGAAGAUGUGGCAGAUUGGCUCAUGGGGCAGACGCAGACAUUCUGCGCGACCUAUCAUGACCACAACGCACCGGAAAUCCGAGCGUCCAGAGCGGCUGCUUAG